ACAUUUUGGUGUGUGACAUUCACCACUUAAGAGUAAAUAUAAGGAAGGUCUCGGGCUACGACUAUAUGUAGGGAGAAAUCGUAUGCCAAAUGAAUAACUUCACCCUUCGAAGGAAGCGUAUUGAGAGGUGGGUCAACCAAACAGCUUCCAUCUUAUGGAGACUGAAAUAUGCUUCAAAGGCGGCGAGUCUGAAAAAUAGCUGAUUCUCAGCACUUUUGCCUUUGAUGAAUUUGCACGCUUUAGAGAACAGAUUUUUUUUCUUUUCAUCCUGCCAGCGGCCACGGGGUAUGAAGUGCUUGACAUCUUUUCGUUUUGUUCAGAGCGCUGGACAUUAUUGGAGAUUUGAAAGAAAACAUAAUGGGUUGUAACCCCUUUGCCAAUUAUUGGUGACUGCUAGAGAAUUCAGGGAGACAUCUUGAACCGGUACCCAAUUUUUCUUCUUUGCAAAGCUAGAUAGCAACCUGUCAGUAUGUUUGCACCGAGCACAGAGCUUUUUCUUGAAAAUACGCAGCCUCAAUCAAUCUCUUGUGUCCAACACUCUGAACUGAAUGCCACACACCCUACUACCAAUAAACCCAAACAAAGUGGAUUUAGGAAGAUCUGUUCCACUGGAGAACCAAGCCCAUGUCCAAUCCCAGGACUAGGAUCUGGGGUUUUGGAAAUGCGGGUGAAGGAGGGAAGCAAGAUCCGAAACCUUUUGAGCUUCGCCUUGUCCCGAUUGCAAGGGGAUGGACGUGAGGCUGCGGCAUCCCAGGUUCGGUUUAGCGGAAUGGGACGGGCCAUGACCAAAACCAUCACCUGUGCUGAGAUCAUGAAACGUAAAGUGCGGGGCUUGCACCAAGUGUCAAAGCUCCAAUACAAGAAAGUCACUGAAUUGUGGGAGAGCCAUGAGAGCAGUCAGGUUCAGAUGACGAUACACAGAACUGUUCCUUCUAUUUGCAUUCUUCUGUCCAAAGAACCACUAGACCCGCUCGAGCUGGGCUACCAGUCUCCGGCUGAGAUAAGAUCUCUAACAGAGGAGGAAAAUGAGGCGGAUGGAUCGCAAGGGUCUGGAAAACCACAGAAAAGACCUCUUAGUCCUUGUUCUCAUGUGGUUCUGCCCAGUUUUAAAAAAGCUAUGCUGGGGCAGGAUAGUUUUCCUGCUCUGAAAUAGGUGAUAUUGUGAUUAUAUGAGGGAGGAUUUAAAAGUAUAGUUUGUGUAUAAAUAUGAUUUGAUAAUAAGUUAUAUAUUAGCCUAUCAUGCAAGUUUAGUUAGGAAAAAGUGAAUGUUAAGUUGUGAUAAAUUUAUUUUCACU